AUGCUGGGCAUCACCGUCCUCGCCUCACUCCUGGCCUGCGCCUCCAGCUGCGGGGUCCCCAAAGUCCCCCCCAGCCUGUCAGCCAGGGUAGUGGGAGGAGAAGACGCAGUGCCCCACAGCUGGCCCUGGCAGAUCUCGCUGCAGUACCUCAAGGAUGACACGUGGAGGCACACAUGUGGUGGGACCCUCAUCUCUGCCAACUACGUUCUCACUGCUGCCCACUGCAUCAGCGACACCCUGACCUACCGUGUGGCCCUGGGGAAGAACAGCCUGGUGGUGGAAGACGAGGCCGGUUCCGUGGUCGUGGGGGUGGAGACCAUCCACGUCCAUGAGAAAUGGAACUCUUUCCUGGUGCGCAACGACAUUGCGCUCAUCAAGCUGGCAGAGCCCGUGCAGCUCAGUGAUACCAUCCAGGAGGCCUGCCUCCCGGAGGAGGGCUCCGUGCUGCCCCACGACUACCCCUGCUACGUCACCGGCUGGGGCCGCCUUUGGACCAACGGCCCCAUCGCCGAUGAGCUACAGCAAGGCCUGCUGCCUGUGGUGGACCAUGCCACAUGCUCCCGAUGGGACUGGUGGAGCUUCAUGGUGACAAACAACAUGGAGUGCGCAGGAGGCGACGGUGUCAUCUCUGCCUGCAACGGGGACUCGGGUGGCCCACUGAACUGCCAGAAUGAGAAUGGAAUCUGGGAAGUGCGUGGCAUCGUCAGCUUUGGCUCCGGCCUGGGCUGCAACACUGCCAAAAAGCCCACGGUCUUCACCCGCGUGUCGGCCUACAUCGACUGGAUCUGGGAGAAAACACAGCUGUGA